GAAAAAAAUACAACCGACACACAGCUGAUCUGCGGCGCGACGACAGCCAGUGAGUCCAGAGAGAUGGAGGAUCGACAGUGAAUACUGGGGGAUCGACCUGUCUGGACACACUGCUCUUUGGCACUACGCAUGCAGACGUGACUCUUCCCCUGUCACCACACCUCAUCACAAUGCCUUAUCGCCAAUGUGCCGUGGAGAUUAAAAACGAGUCUAGCCGCUACACUCUGGCCAACCCAAGGGUGUUCAUUGUGAGUGGCGUCUGUGAGAUCCCUCUGACACCAAUUGUGGGUCCCUCCUCCACUGGCAACGCAUUGUUCAACAAGACCACCGGCUUUGCAACUGGAGCCGUAGGCGUCUUCACCUACGACCUAAUCAAUGCCGAUCUGAAGGACUAAAACCACUUCAUGGCUGCCAUGUACUCUGUGCCCUAUGACUGGAACAUCUUCUCCACCUGGUUUGCUGUGGGCAUCUUUGGAAGAGAAGUUCACUGCGACCGCGAUCUGUACGAUUUGAUGUAUUAUGGUGUUGAAAACAACUUUGUAAGGGCAAAAGCAGAUGGCUCUGGCAUUUCUUAUGAGCGUGAUAAAGCUAUUGUCAGUGCCUCCAUGUCUCACUCAGGUAAAGCACUCUUGAGGGUGGAUAUCAGGGAUACUGGCAAAUACUGAGUUAAGAAAAGUUCUGACUUUUAUCAUGUAAACUACACUGU